GCUAGGGUUUGCCUCUUUUCGUCGUUGCUGUUCGGCUUCGUUGCUUCGCAGGAGGUGCAGAGAUUUCACGCGUCGCUUCGUCGGCUCCUUCGUGCCGUUCGACUACGCUCUUUUGACGACUUUCCCUUACUGUCGGAUCGGAAGUUACGACAUUUUGAUCGGAAGCAACAACGGAGCUCGCUGGUUGUGAAGAUUUUCUUGAUUGAUUUCCAUUGCUAAAGUUGAUUCAAUCGAGCUAGGGGUGGGAUGGAGCAGAGGCUGGCUAAUACCUGGCAUAUGACCAUUAAUGAGAAGAAGUUCAUAGAGAGCGCUCUCAGUAAAAACAUCCGAGUUGAUGGCCGCAGUCCCGUCGAUUACCGCCAGCUUACUAUCAAGUUUGGAAGGGAAGAUGGUUCAUCGGAGGUUCAGCUUGGUGAGACACAUGUCAUUGGUCUUGUCAGUGGUCAAAUUGUCCAACCUUAUAGGGACAGGCCAAAUGAAGGGACGCUUGCAAUAUUUACUGAAUUUUCACCAAUGGCUGAUCCUGCUUUUGAGCCUGGGCGGCCUGGGGAGUUUGCAAUUGAACUUGGGCGAUUAAUAGAUCGUGGUCUGAGGGAAAGCAGGGCUGUGGAUAUGGAAUCCUUAUGCAUUGUUGCUGGGAAGUCAGUGUGGGCAAUACGUGUAGACCUUCACAUUCUUGACAAUGGAGGAAACCUCAUUGACACUGCCAAUAUUGCUGCUCUGGCUGCUCUCUUGACCUAUCGAAAGCCUGAAUGCACACUGGGAGGUGAAAAUGGUCAGGAUGUUGUUGUUCAUGAUCCUGAGGUCAGGGAACCACUUCCUUUGAUAAUACAUCAUAUGCCAGUUGCAGUAACGUUUGCUUUCUUCAAUGAAGGUGAUGCCAUGGUUAUCGAUCCAACUCACAAGGAAGAGGCUAUCAUGGGGGGUAGGAUGACCGCUACAUUGAACUCAAAUGGUGAUGUUUGUGCUGUGCAAAAGGCUGGAGGAGAUGGUGUCUCAUUAAGUGUGAUCACACAUUGUUUGCGGCUUGCAGCUUUAAAAGCUGUUGAUAUAACCAGUAAAAUUAAAAAUGCUGUAGAUUCAUACAACACUGCGAGAGCACUUCGGAAAGUAAAGCGCCAUAAUGCAUUGGUUGCACCUGAUAUUACUGUACCUGAUAGUGUCAUGAAGGGUAAUCAGAUUGGUCAGCUUGCAGAACAUCAAGCUCAAAAAUUCAAAGAGGAAUCCACAAAAACCUUUGAUACAGAAACUGUUGUUGGCAUUCCAAAAGAAACUGUUCUAUUUAAUAAAAAGAAUAUCAACUUCAUCAGAAAAGAUUCUGAUUCAUUUAUUGGCGGCCCUUCAAAUUGGGAUCCGUACUCUCAGAGUAUACCUCCAACUUUUGUCAGAAGUUCCCAGAUUUUUCCAGGAUCAUCAACAGUGGAUCACAAAAAAGAAGCAAGGACAAUGCUGAUCGAAUCAAAUUCUGAGGAAACAAAGAGCAAUAAUGCUUCUUCUGGGUUAUCCAGGACAUCAAGUAUGAGUCAGCAAAGAACUACACCAAAGAGUUUAAAAGAUGCUGUAAAGCCGAAAAGUGAAAGGAAAAAUAGACCGUCCCCUGCUAGUGCUGCGAAUUAAAUUGAUUUAUGGUUGG